AUGAAGAAGCAUUUCAACUACUUCGCAACGGAAGUCACAAGCGACAGGUUGCAGCGAUCAGGUGGAAUGAUCUCAGCUCCCGCAGUCAUACCAUCUUUACCGUUAUGGUGUGUACCAAACAGACGCUACCCUCUGGUGAAGAGACCGCGCCGGCAGCACGAGCACAAUGAGAAGCAACUCACGAGCCUCAACAAUAAACCGGGAACGUUGCUCGAUCAAUCAAAUACAGCCAUCGCGAACAUACAUCUCAAACAACAAAGGCAAUCCGAAUUGCACAUACGGAACCGGAAGUGCUACGGCGUGAUACAGCACGAUGUGGUGGAUACGUCAGUGUCUAUUGACAGCCAACUCAUUGCAUUUCAGGCCGAACAGCAAAGGCUCCUGGAUUCCCUCUCAGCUCGCACGCGCUCGUUCAUUGACCAAGAAGUGGCAAACCUGAGCGCAACGAGGCUGACCCUUGAGGGACAAGAUAGCGCUUUCAGUCGGCUCCAUCAAGACUUGGCGACUCAAACGAUACGAGGGAAGGAUCAAAUGGACAAGUCGAUCAAAGAGGUCGGACCGCUCAAAGAAAGACUGCUCAAGACGACUGUGGAAACGGGCAUCGCAGAGCUGGGCGCAGCAGCGAUGUUUGGUGAGAUGUCGGGAAAAACCGUCGAGCAGCGCGACGAACCCCAAUGCCUGCGUGCUCAACUGUCGGAUGCAAACCAGCAGCUUGAAAAGAGCCAAUCGCAGCCGCUCGAUAUGCUAUCAGAAUUUGUAGCCAACAAGAAGGCUCUCAGAGAGCGAGAAAACGACGAGAUGAUGCGACAAAUGCAACAGAUCCUGAAAGCCAACAGACACACUUCUGCCGGAACUUUGUGUUCGGAAAGUUUUGGAAAGCUCCUGGAACAGUCGACGGCCUUAGGUAGCCAGGCUACAGAAUGCGAAGAUCGUGCGAUCACUCGUUUCGAUGACGAUUAUGCGACGGCAGAUAAAUUUAUAGAAGCAUUCGGAAUGGCACCUUCUGCAGCGCAAGACCAGACCACUCGGUUUGAGGAAGAGCGCAUCCGAAGAUUGGACCAUGAGACGCAACUCAUUGAUCAUGUUGUCUUCCGCCUUCAAGAGCAAAUUAUUGUCCAGCAUGAAGUUCACAAGCGCUCUUUAUCUGGUCUGGCAGUUGCAGUUCCUGACUCCUAUGUCGACGUUCAGGAUUCCAUCGCCGCAUCGGUUGAUCAUCUCAGAGCCUUGAUGACAACUUUGCUGAAGAUGCCAACAAGGCACGAGAGAUCACCAUCUCCGAAGCAUCCCAGCUCUACCAAGACUGUCGUUUUCACGGACAGUGACGCCGCCCCAGCUGGAUGGAGCACCCAGAACAAAGCUUCGAAUCUCCGCGAGCUAGAUCCCAAUAUCUACAUGAACAAGCUCACGACCGUCUCCUCACUUAAGCGGUCUGCGGCGAGCAGUGCUUCGGCAAUAGUUAGCGAAGAAGACAAGGAAGAUUCAAUACCAACAUCAUGUCAAUUUUCAGCAGUUGAUCAAACAGUGACCUGUGGCGCAAUUGGAGCAUACGGAGAGUCAUGCGCGUGGCGCGGACACGGCAAAGCCUCGGGUCCUCGUGCACCGGCGAGCUGA